UUUUGAGGGGAGAAUUGGGGUGAGGAAUGAGGGGAAGAGGAUGGAUUUUUUGGGAAUGGAGCUGUUGUUUGUGAGGUGGUGUUUUGGGGUUAGGUAGAGGAUUAAGGGAGAAAAGAGUGUCAGGAGGCUUUAAGCGUCUUUUGAGAUGUUUAUAGGGGGUUUUCUUUGAUUCUGAAUUGGAAAAAUGAAGGUAUGAUUUAUUUUAACUUGAUUUUGAUUUUUAGAUUUUUAUUCCUCUAAAUUAGCUAAUAUCUUGUCAGACUUGAAAAGCUACUCUGUUUAAAAGGUGAUAAAUUGCUUAUAUCUUUAUUAAUUAUUCUUCCUUUACUCUUCUUGGGCAUAAUAUUGAUAUUCAUAACUUUCUUUAUUAAUCAUUCAAAAUUUAUGUGUCUAGAUAUUCAUUGACGGUAGAUCUUCAUAAUAUUUAGUAUAAAAUAUCUAAAGAGUGUUCAUUUGUCUCAGACAACCAAUUUCUUACACCCCAUGAGGCCUGUACAAGACCAUCAGAAGAUAUCAUCCCUUCUUCUUUAUCUGUUGGGAAUAUUUUGAGUAAAAUAUUUGUAGAUUCACAAAAACUAUCAAACAAAAUAUUAAUGGUCUUUCUUCAUGCGAACAGUUAAGACAAGUUCUAUAUCUCCAUUAAUAUGGCUAAUUUUACCCUGUUAGCAGUCAAAAAUAGACAUCAGAAGGGCAAGGGCACUUUAAAGUCUCAGUUCCUAACUUUUCUUCCUUUAAAUUUUCGAUAAAAUUGGUAAAGGGUUAUAUCUAGACAUUGGAAAUCACCAAGUCGGGCUUAUUAGCAAUAUCAAGCCUGGAAGCGAAAGGAGAUGCUUGAUUGCUCAAUGAAAGAGCAAUAGUAAUCACUUAGCUAAUUUCUUCCAAUAAUUCAUUGUGAGACUAGCAAGAAAUAGGAAAAUGUUGAUCAUCUAAGUCCCACAAUUUUUAUUCUUUUGUGGAUUAUUUUAGAUAUGGACGACUUCUUCCUCGCUUAUCAGAACACCUAAAAUAUUUAGAAAUUUAAACUAUGAGAAGUAAGCUGCUGGAAUUAGAGAAGAACUUUCUGUCAGAGGCUUUGCAAUGACAAUGAUGUCUCAGUUCUCUAAUAAACAAAGUAGAUCCUUGCAAAUUAGUAAAAAAUAUUACUUUUAACAUUUCAUAAAGUUAAUAAAAUUUUUGAUGAAAAUUUGUAGAAAAUAUAAAUGUGGAAUAUUUUCCAUAAUAAUUAAUAAAAUCAAGCAUAUGAAUUUUAUGACUCUAAACAUGGCAGCAUGCUACCCUUUUAACUUGACUAUGGGAUGGCUACACAUGCCUAUUCUGGUACCUUUAAUGAUGCCAGUCUUACAAGGAGCCCAAGAGAUUCCUGAUAUUAGCACUUAUUGACAAUGAGGCCGAGUAUCUUUAAAAGAAACUUCUUCUAAAGUUUCUGCUGAUAAUAAUGGUUUUAAAAUGAAGAAAAAGAAGUUUGAUAGCUCAUCAUCCAACAUCAAUGAGCACUCUAGAGAAGAUAGCUUAAGAGUUAUCGAACCUGAAACCAAGCAGAGUAAACUCCAGAUAGCUGAUCUGCCAAGAAAACAUAAGAGGAAGAGUCGAAUAUUACAAAGACUUUCCUCUAUUUCUUCAGACUCCACUAUUCUCAAAGAGAUCGAGCAUAUCUCUAACCCAGAUGAAGUAGUAAUGCUAGCUACUUCUAAGUCCCAAACUAGCAAAGGCGCUAGUCCAAGGAUGAGGUCUAGAUACAUUGGAAUUUGUCAUAAAAACGGAAUGUACAAUGCCUAUAUAGUCGCCAAUGGAAAGAAGACUUACAUCUGUGGCACCAGAGAUGAAGAACUGAGUGCCAGGUACUACGACUAUUGAGCCAUCCUUCUGCAUGGGAAGACAGCUACCACCAACUUCUCAUACACAAAGAGACAGCUGAUGGAAAUGCUAGUCUCUGGAGAUAUCUGUAUGAAUUCCUAA